AUGCCUGAGCGCCGGACGUACGUGGUUGAGCACCUGGACCCGGAGCUGGGCGCGUGGUCGGAGCUCGAGUACGCGGCGAUCGCGCGGGAGACGACGUCGCGCGGCGGAACCUUCAUCCUGUCCUCCCUGGCCCCGACGUUGCGCGUGCCGCCGAGCCUCGAGCGGGUCCCGGGCUUCCGCGCCGAGCGGCGGAGCGCCGAGGAGCUAUUUUCGGCCGGGGGCGGCGGGAAGGCGGAAGGAGAAGGAGGCGCUGCGGGAGGGGCAGGAGAGGAGAGGGUUAUCUCGAGGGAGAGGGUGUGUCUCCUGGACCCGCAGGCCCAGAAGGACCUCGACCCCGACGACAAGCGGCUCUUCGACGUGUUCUUGUUCGGCGGCAUCCUCGGAGAUGAUCCGCCACGAGAUCGGACGUCCGAGCUGCGCAUGAAAGGCUUCGAGGGCCGCCGGCUGGGCCCCGUACAAAUGACAACAGACACGGCGGUGCGGGUGACGCGGAUGGUUAUCGAGGAGCAGUUCACGCUCAACAAAAUCCCGUACAUCGACUUUCCCGAGCUCCGGUUCAACGAGCACGAGAGCACCGAGAUGCCGUUCCGUUACGUGUGCGGCGAUGACGGCCGGCCCGUCAUGCCCGAGGGCAUGCUAGAUCUCAUCAGGAGAGAUGCCGACAAAGGUAUUGACGACCUGUUCUAA